AUGGCUCUGGCUGUCAAGCAAUUUUGCUUCCUGCAGCGCCCUCGUACAGACAGGUCCUACGGGUUUCCGAAGCCCCUGGCAGCGUCCGGUAGGUCUCGGUCUCCGAUGGCUUCCCUAAGUGUGGCGCCUGCUGUCGGGAUCUCCGAGACAUUCUCCAGGCUUCGGAAGCAGGGAAAGGUUGCAGCUCCGCGCCUAUCGCGAAUUUGGUCGAAAAUAUGAAAUCUCUUUAUCCAUGUGGUAUUCUUAUGCUUACUUUUUAGCGAGUUUGGGCUCGUGUUGGAAGCCCAAGCCAUUGGUUGCAGCCGGGAACACGCUUCUCUCCAUUUUUGUUAUGAUAUGUGCAUCACUUGAUUUUCAAAUGCAGAGAGGACGUCUAUGCUCGUCUAUUUUUUUUAUUUUUUGGUGGGAAACGGCGCGUAUAUUCUUGUCUCAGGUGGGAAAUGCAUUGAAUCCUGAAUCGGAAUUUUCGCCAAGCACUUUGGGCAACACUUUGCUAUGGGCCAUGGUUUUUGAAUGAAGUUAUCCUAUUGUGUCGUCACCUCGGGAUUGAUACCCCAAAAGGGGGAAAGAAUAUUUCGAGCGCGGAUCCUUGUUGACACUGUAAAGUCGUCGGAAGAUCGUGCUUACUUCGAGAGGUUUUGGUUUUGGCCGCUACUGCCAUUUUGCUCAUUUGGUUUUUGUGAAUUUGAUAAACACGAGUUUUUCUCUACCGCCUGUGAGUUUGGAAUCGGCUGCUAUUUUUUAUCUCAUUCUACGUUUGCGAUUAUCUCAAUUUAAAGUUAAGCCCUUUUUAUGUUAACAUACCUCGGUGAUCAUCAUAACUCGCUUUUAUUAGAAUAUCUGAUCUUCUUCUCACUUCAUUGACUUUUCAUCAUUAUGUAGAGAGGAUGCCAUGUUUGACAGUUGCGUCCUAGUAUCUCCUACCGGCAUAUAAUACAUUGCACAGUUUAGAGACUAAGUUGGGCCGCAUGACCAGACCAGGAAGAAGAGCACAAAUCCCCUUUGGUUGCUGAUUUUUAACUUUCUCACCGUGGAAAAAAUGGAACCAGGAGUCUGAGUGGCAUGCCCCGUUCUCAGAACAAUGACAUGGAUACAUGUAUUAUCGCAUAUUUAUUCUAUCAAUAUAUAAUUUGAAUUAUCUGUGUGUGAUAUCUUUCUCCAAGAUACCUUUUUUUUUAAUAGUACGGAGCUUUGGAAUUAAGUUUUGUCACUUGAAAAUAGGGAAAAAGAGUUUGCUAUGAUUUGACGCAAAGACACCUGUCUUUUAUGAUAUAACCUUUCAUCAAUUUUUUGUAUUUUUAGGUUGCAUUAGUACCUUACAUAACUGCCGGUGAUCCUAAUUUAUCAACUACUUCAGAAGCAUUGAAGAUUCUGGAUGCCUGUGGUUCUGACAUCAUAGAAUUGGGCAUGCCAUACUCUGAUCCGCUGGCAGAUGGCCCUGUCAUCCAGGUUUGGCAUUGAUACCAUUCGUUUUUUCCAUUAUUGUUCUCUUUCACUAUGAACACUAUGAAACUUCAUACUUUAUCUUGUUCUUUUGCAGUUAUCAUAAUUUAUUGUUCAUUUGAUUUAUGUCUCUAGGCAGCUUCUACCCGUGCUCUUGCAAGAGGCACCAACUUUGAUGGAGUCCUUUCCAUGCUAAAGGAGGUAUUUUCCUGAAACUUGAUCUGUGUUUCACAUUUCUUCUGGUUUUAUGCUGACCUUUGUAAAUAAAAGGGUUGUAAGAAACUUGAAGGAGAGAUCUCGUUACUAUAUACAUUUAGAGAGAUCGAUGGAAUUGCUUUGUGAAAAGGAAAUAAAUUACUUUCUACUAACAACCAACAAAGUUUCUACUGCUUUGAUAACACAAUUAGUAGUUCGAAGCAUUAUGAUUGGGGUUCAAAUAGGUAGAGUGGAAAGAGUUUUCAAGGGAAAGGAAGGAGGGUGUGGAUGCUGGUAUCUUAAAUCAUCCAGCAAGGGCCUAUUGUUGUAAUGGUUAUGAUUUUUGGUUGAGAUGUCGAUAAGCUUGCUAUUCUUAAAAUUCCCAGAAUGCUGGUUGGUGCAAAAUAGUGGCAACUUUAUAGGGAAUUUCACCAAUGCUAGUGAAUAUCGUAGAUUUUUUUCCCUUACUAUUUCUUAUUUCUGUUUUCUUCAUAAUCUUUUGAUCUCACCUUUAUUUUUAGCAUACUGCGUAAAUUUCUGUAACCUAAUUUUCUAAGAGCGUUAUUUUUCCACGCAGGUAGUCCCUCAACUUUCGUGUCCGAUUGCGUUAUUUUCAUAUUACAACCCAAUCUUGAAGCGUGGGACCAAUCAAUUCAUGUCUACCAUAAGAACAGUUGGCGUGCGUGGUAAUAUAUGGCUCCAUUUGAUGUGUUCUUCAACAGUGAAUUAUUUUUUAUAUCUAUUUUUUUUUAUCACACUUGGGUAUUGAAAAAUCACACAUAAGCAUCAGAAGUUACUUGUGAUACCUCUGAGUUUGACAGCUAUUUCCUUUGACAAUGCUGAUAAUGAUUUUUUUCCCCAGUGAAUCCGUUAUUUACUUACAAGUCUUAUUUCAUCAUUGAGGGCCGCCAUCCAGGAUCUCUUUUUCUUCCCAAGUUAAAAAACCUGAAUCAUAGUUUCGAAACUCAGUGUGAUUUUUUGAACAUUUUUAUGUUUCUCCUUAUUUCUGAUCCAUCAGUUAUUCGUAAGUGGGUGUAUUGAUCUCGAAUGCUUCUACAAUCGGAUACCUGUGUUUUCUAUGAUUCUUGCUUUUAUUUUAAGUGGGUUUGUUAAAUGAGGUGAGCGUACUGGCUUGUUACUCAAGGGGAUCACUAAACAUGAACCCAUAUUACUAAUGCGUACAGCAUGUUGAUAGGGACCAAAACAAAGAAAUGAAACAGUGGAGUUCAUGGAACAGGAAAGAAGAAAUAUAAGAGUAUCGGGCUCUACAAGGAAACCCAAAUCCCAAGCUGUGGUGGCGUUUUGAGAGGACCACAGCUCUCCUGCUCAGCCGUCCUUCUUCGAGAUGCCUCCUUCGAUCGCUCCUCCUCAUAUCCCCCCCUAAUUCCUCCUGCCAAAAUUACUUCAGAGCCUUGCUUCUAUGGCCUUAAGUUGUGCCCGUUAGGUCCUUAUGGGCCUAACAUUGCCCCGUCCUUAUGGGCCACAAGUCAGGCCCGCUAGGCCCGCCGGGGGUCUAACACAUGCAUCCACAUGAACUACUCAAAGUUCCUCAAGCAAAAUAUGAUAACGAUGAUAUAUAUUUAUAUAUAUCACAUACCCACAAAAAUACAAAUGAACCGUGGAGAAGUUUUUAGAAGUAAGGUAGUUUUUCCAGGAUGCUGAAGAUUCCUGGACACUGUAACAAAAUCAAACCAUAGAGGGAUUUUCUGGUGUUGCUCGCUUUAUCGUUUCACUUUUGAUAGAUUAUAGAAGGUAACUGCAUUAACUUUCUACGAUGUGGGAUUUUAUAUUUAUAGGACUUGUGGUGCCCGAUGUCCCAUUGGAGGAAACUCAAGUUUUGAGAGAAGAAGCCUCAAAAAAUGAUAUUGAACUGGUAAGUUUUCUCUUAAUCUCAUCUUAUCCUCAUUUAGUUUAUGGUUUGCUUAUAUGGCCUUUCUUUGAAGUGCUGAACCUUAGGUUGCAUACAACAGCGCUAUUUUAUCUGGUAGUUAAUUUAGAAAUAUCCAUGACCUGGCUAGAUCGAUACUGUUUUGGUAAAUGAUCUUCAAUCAAUGUCUUAGAGCAGAGACAACAUGAAAAGUUGAAUCAAAUAUUUACUUCUCUUAUUCUGUCAGUAGGAAUGGUUUUUUUUCCACUGUUUUUUGUAAAGGUGACGAUGAUAUAUAAUAAAAAAAGUAAUGCCUCGUGACGCCAACAAUGCUUAGAAUAGUUGAAAGUUGAUUGGAAACAUGGCGGAUAUCUUUGGAUACUAUAACUUCAGGGGCAGUGCCGGGAAACAUGAAAUCUCCUUAUUCGCAAAUGUCCUCAAAAUUUGGCAAUCUAAAGUCUUUUGCAGGCAUGUCGCCUCAGCUUUAUGCUAUGGUAACCGGAGAGUACGCCUUUUCGGUUCUUGGAACUGCUUUAAGGCCAGUGUCUCAUUGGAGUUGACCAAAUUCAGAUUUAGGCAUCCGAGGCAUGCUCAUGCAUGUGCACCAUUGGUCUAUCCUUUGAAGAUUGUAAUGUUUGGCAGUAACGUGGGUGGGAACAAGAAACUAGUUCUUGAACCUUAAAAGUAAUUUUUUUGUGAAGUGAAUUUUUUCUUCAUCAAGUUUUUGGUCUAUUCCGCAUGGAAACUGUGCUUCCACAAGUCAUAAUCUUAGCCUAUCUCAAGAAAUGUCGUUACUUUUAGGUAUGUCUAUGUUGAUCAUUCGCCUACAUUUAAACUUCCAAACUAUCGAUCUGAACCUUAUUUCCAUUUUCUCUGUUUCUCAAUUAAUGCCUCAUUUUUUUUAAUGGCUUACUUCUAUGAUAACAACAAUUUUUUUUCUUUAAUGAAUCUAAUGCGGAUAUUCAGGUACUACUCACAACGCCUACAACACCGGCAAAAAGAAUGAAAGAUAUCGUUGACGCUUCAGAAGGAUUUAUCUACCUUGUAAGUUGUGUUAUUUUCCCAAGUAAAUUCUGCCGGGAGGUUGAAGGUUAAAUAUCGGCUAGUUGAUGAAACAUAAAUGCCACAGGAAAUCAGCCGCAUGCUAUAUCUAACAUAUCAAUUUUAAAAUUGCAUUUUUGCCUAAACGGAAGAGAAAACAUGAAUUAUCCAUUUAAAAAAAAAUCUCCGGUUGGGGUAUAUGUGAUGAAUCCAAACUUAUUAUACAUGUUACUAAGAUGAAAGAAUUGAGUUGAACUCCAUACACAAAACAGAUUUAAACGAGGGCAGAAGAAAUAUGGAUUCUUAUUAUAGUUUAGUCGUUUUAUUCCUUAUCCGUCCCCUUUUCUUUAUUCUAUUGGUCACCAACAGGACAAGUAAAUAGAAUCUAACAUGUUCUUCUCAAACGAUCAUUGUGAAGGGAAACCUGAGUCGUAUUAAAAAUAAGAGGAUUACCGAAUUCCUCCCCUCAUGCUUAGAAAACGUUCAUUCUGCAUUAUAUGUCAAAUAACUUCAGUGUGUAUGCCCAAGAAAUUGGCUAAUUGCGCAGCUUUUUGUUCAAUUUCCGGCGGAGUUGAAUUAUCAUCAGCACGAGUCAAGCGAAUAGUUCCCUGGAUCCUGACUUCCAUAUAAAUGGCAUGUGGAGCAUAAGGCCCUUUUUUAACCUCCACUCUGGUCGAUUGAAAAUCAUUGAUAAUGAAAGAAAGGAAUAUACGAUGAUAGAUAGGACUAACAAAGAACAGCGUUCUUUUUGGUUGAUUUCUUAUUUGUAUGGGAUUUUAAUGGAACAUAUUAAAUCAAUCAAUUUAAUUGAGAAAUUUUAUUUAUCAUUUUAUUCUAAUUAAAAUAAAGUUCACAAGAAGAUAUUCACUCCCAGUUCUCAAUAGUGAUCUACUUCAUACAGGUCAGUACUGUAGGAGUCACUGGUGCUCGUGCGUCCAUAAGCACACGCGUGCAAUCUCUCCUUCAAGAAAUCAAAGAGGUAUUCCUGGCUGUUGAUGCAACUUUAUGUGGUUUCAGGGCAAGCUUUUCCUUAGGAUGUUGUCUUCUUAUACUUAAUUAUUUUAUCUACUGACAUAAAUCCUGCCUGUCAAGCAAAUCUUGAAUAUUUGGUCUUCAUUUUUUUCAAGUCUGGUGGUUUUUGUUCUUUUAUACUUUUCUCAACAUUGAGAUUUGAUAGAUUGUGGCCACACCGUCGGAUGAUUUUGGUUGAGUGACGUAGAUACUUGCUGACAGAGCCUCAUUGUUCAUUUGCUCACAGGUGACAGCGAAGCCCGUUGCUGUCGGUUUUGGCAUCUCAAGCCCUGACCAUGUGAAACAGGUGGGCCAUUUCCUUGAUUCAUUCAACGGUACCCAUGCAUGUGGCGUGUCGGAGAGGUACUGUGGUCCCAUGUAGCCUGACAAUAGAAGGUACCUGGGUUUGGGUUUCAGACCGAAGCCCAGCAUUUGCCAGCCCGGCCCGGUUCAUUGCCACUCUUAUCCCUCUCUCUCUCUCUCUCUCUCUCUCUCUCAUACAAUAGUAUUCAUGUAAGUUUUUCUAAAUUUGUAAUUCAUAUCGGUUCUAUGCUUUGACCAUUUCAGGUAGCAGGAUGGGGGGCCGAUGGUGUCAUUGUAGGCAGUGCCAUGGUCAGGAUUCUGGGUGAUGCUCGCUCUCCUGAAGAGGGCUUGAAGGAGUUGGAGGAGUUCACCAAGUCCCUGAAGGCUGCACUUCCCUGA